CUUCCAGCACUGCCGCGUUGGUUUGUAGAAUUUCACGCGAGUGCAGCUGAUUGGAGCGCACAACAUGGAGGGAUGAAAUACAGAUAGCUGACGGAAAUGUUAGUUUUGGCCAGUGGAUUGGCCACCUAUGCGUAAUGACGAUUAUGGGCUAUCAGGGCGUUACGAAGUAUGAGCUCCAAGGGGCAGGUGCUCGGAGAUAAUCGCUAGACAGUGGACCUGCACCGGCCGAGAGUGGUUGGGUGUUUGUGUUCAGGGCCGUUGUUCUGCCUUUAUUAGGCGGUUCACGGUUUGCAUCCCUCAGACCCCGCCUGCCAUGCGGCAGCCCGCUUAGCGUGCGGGCUGCGAGUAUGAUGAACGGCAAGCCGCUGGUAGAGUAUUCGGACGUGUCAUCGGAGGCGCUGAGCGAGCCUGAAGCGGGUGAAAUUCAGAGUGACGACACGCUGCUCGAGCUUAGCGACGGCGAGCUGUCGCCGGUGGCGCCGCGCCGCCGGCCACGCCGCCGCCGCAACCGCCGGCCGCCGCCGCCGCCGCCCUCGCCACCGCCGCAGCCGUUGAUCGAGCCGCCGCCGCUGUCGCCGCCGCCGCUGACGCCAUCCCCACCACCGCCGCCGCCGCCACCGCCGCCGGCGCCGUCCAGCUUCGGCCACGACAUGCCCGGCUCGCCGAACGGCACCGGGCGCUAUCGCGCGCGCGACAAGAAGAAGAAGAAGAAGCGCGACAAGGAGCGCGCCGGCCGCAAGAAGAAGCGGCGCCACCGGUACGCGGACGGCACCGACGGCCGCCUGCCGAGUGCCAGUCCCAUUUCGUCGGCGGACGAAGCGGUGGGCGGCCGGGACGGCAGUGUGACAGUGAACCGAGCGCCGCCGCCGCGGACCCACGGCCGCCGCACUGCCCGCGACGCGCGUGACGUGCGCGACGCACGUGACGCUCGUGACGCUCGUGACUUUCGUGACAUGCGUGACGCGCGCGAUACGCCGCCGCGGGGUGCGCGCACACCGCCGUCGCCGUCGCCUCCACCCCAGGAAAACAGCAAGUGGGCGAGCCGCGGUCGACCUCACACGCCGCCGCCGCCGCCGCCGGUCGAGAAGCGGCGCAAAUCGCGCUCACGUAGCCGUGAGCGCGACCGGCGGCGGCGCCACAGCCCACGGAGUCGCAGCAGGAGCUACAGCAGAUCGCCCAGGCAUAAGAAGAAUUACUCCAGGUCACGAAGUCGGAGUCCGGUCAGGUCUAAAAAGACCUCCAGGUGCUCCCCGUACAGCCGAAAACGUUCAAGGCGGCGCUCGCGCUCGCGGUCCCGCUCGCCCUCCAGCUCGGGCCGGUACCACGGCGGCCGCCACAGUCCGGCGCAGCCGGCGCGCCGCACUACGCCCUCCGCCAAGCAGCUGACAGCCGAGGCCAAGAUGUCGCAGACUUCGCUCUUCGCUGAGCUGGUCAAGCAGAAGAAGAUCCGCGAAAAAGCAGUCAGGAUGCCGUUCUUCCAACGCGACCGGCCGCCGGAUACUAAGGAGAAGGAGAACAUGUACCCGGACCAGGACGUGAUAGAGGUGAGCCCUCCGCCGCCACCGGCGCCGCCACCACCCACCGCCGCCGAGCUGGACCAGGUGGACCGCAAGGGGACGUCGCCGGCCCCGACGCCCGCUCCGGCUCCGGCUCCGGCUCCGGCUCCGGCUCUGGCUCCGGCUCUGGCCUCAGUCCCGGCUGCAGCCCCGGCUGCGGCUCCAGCUCCGGCCCCGGCGGCGGCGGUGGCGGUGAAGCCGGCGGCUAACAGCGGCCGACCGAGCCUCACCAAGCUGCCCAUGCCACCGGGCGUGGCGGCCGACCAGCUGGAGGUGAUCGACUCGUCGCCGGAGGCGUACUCGCCGGAGCCGGAGCCGGAGCCGCGCCGCGCCUUCGACCGGCUCAUCCGCGACCUGCCCAUGCCGCCCGUGGUGCCGGGCACGGAGGACCUCUCGCCCGACGAGGACGGGCUCGCACUUUCGCCGGGCUCGUCGCGUCUGCCGCUGAAACGGCCCCGCAUCAUCCACAAACGGCGCGAGGCGGAGAGCAAGACGUGGGGAGACCGGUGUGUGGACGCGUUCGAGCUGGUGGCCCAGGUCGGCCAGGGCACCUACGGUCAAGUGUACAAGGCUAAGAACCUGGAGACGGGCGAAGUAGUGGCAUUGAAGAAGGUGCGAUUGGAGAAUGAAAAGGAGGGAUUCCCAAUCACAGCCGUCAGGGAGAUCAAAAUUCUACGGCAACUUAACCACAAAAAUAUAGUCAAUAUCAAGGAAAUCGUGACGGACAAGCAGACAGCCGUCGACUUUCGGAAGGACAAGGGGUCGUUCUACCUGGUGUUCGAAUACAUGGACCACGACCUCAUGGGCCUGCUGGAGUCGGGCAUGGUGGACUUCGACGAGCCGUCCAACGCCAGUAUCAUGCGCCAGCUGCUGGACGGCCUCAACUACUGCCACCGCAAGAACUUCCUGCACCGCGACAUCAAGUGCAGCAACAUCUUGCUCAACAACAAGGGUCAGGUGAAGCUGGGCGACUUUGGUCUGGCGCGCCUCUUCAACGCUGAGGAGUCGCGGCCGUACACCAAUAAGGUGAUCACGCUGUGGUACCGGCCGCCGGAGCUGCUGCUGGGCGAGGAGCGCUACGGCCCGGCCGUCGAUGUCUGGAGCUGUGGCUGCAUCCUCGGCGAGCUCUUCCAGAAGAAGCCACUCUUCCAGGGCGCCAACGUGGAGAUGGCACAGCUGGACAUGAUCUCGCGGCUGUGCGGCUCGCCCUGUCCGUCUGUGUGGCCGAGCGUGGUCCGGCUGCCGCUCUGGAGCACGCUCCGGCCCAAGAAGCCGUACCGGCGGCGCCUUAAGGAGGAGUUCUGGCACAUGCCGUGGGCAGCGCUCAGCCUCAUGGACAAGAUGCUCGAGCUCGACCCGGAGCGGCGUAUCUCCGCCGAGGAGGCGCUCAAGAGUCCCUGGCUCAAGAGCGUUAACCCAGACAAGACGCCGCCGCCGCAGUUCCCCGUCUGGCAGGACUGCCACGAGAUGUGGUCCAAGAACCGGCGUCGCCAGCUGCGUGAACAGCAGGACGACGCGCCGCGCGCCGCCGACGGCGCCCGCGACCGUGCCACCGACGCCGGCUCGACCAGGUCACGCUCAAAGCCGGAGUCGGCGCCGGCCUCGGAGAGUCAGCCGGCCUCGUCUGCCGGAUCGCCGCGCUCGCCGCCGGCCGAGAGCGGCGCCGCCCGGCUGACGGCGCUACUCUCCGAGCUGCGCGCCAUGGUGCGGCAGCGGCGGCCCGUCACCUGCCAACACAUCACUGACAUCGUCCACUGUCAGGUGGACGCCCCGACGCAGCGGCUGCUCGAGCCGGUGAACGCCCAGCUGCUGGUGGCAGCGUCGGCGCGUGGCCGCGAGCCCCGGCCGGACCUGGUAGUGCUGGGCCCGUCGGGUCUGGCUACGCCGCCGCUGCGGCAGGCGCUGUCGGCGCUGCUGCGACAUUGCCGGCUCUCGCCGCUCGAGCGCUGCUGACCACAUUCC